CAUAUUAGUACCCGUACCUCCCUGACAGCUGAACAUUCAGUUUCGUUCUGACUCGUGCUGCUGCAGAGUUUUUACUCAGAAACUUCCCACUAUGGCUUUUCAGUGUCAACGGGACUGUUACCUGCAGGAGUUUGACACCUCCGUCGUUUCCUGCUGUGCCGCUGAGUUAAAGCAAGAAGUCAAUGGAAAGAAAGAAACUGUCAAGGGCUUCAACGUCAAGCUCCAAGACACCAUCUUGUUUCCUGAGGGAGGUGGACAACCAGACGACCACGGGCUGAUCGGAGAUGUCCCCGUUUUGAGGGUGACGAGACAGGGACCAGAUGCCGUACACUUUGUGACCUCCCCCCUGGAGGUGAGCAAGGAGGUGCACGUGAAGGUGGACUGGGAGAGGAGGUUUGACCACAUGCAGCAACACUCAGGUCAACAUGUGAUCACAGCAUUGGCCGAUUCCAUGUUUGGAUUCAAGACCACAUCCUGGGAACUGGGGCGUCAGAGAGGCACCAUUGAGCUGGACACUCCCUGUGUAAAGCCUGCGCAGCUCCAGGCUCUGGAGGAAGUUGUUAAUGAGAAGAUCAGAGCUCAUGUCCCUGUCACUGUUCAGCUGCUCUCUAUAGACGACCCCGGUGUAGAAAAGGUGAGGAGUCGCGGGCUGCCAGAGGACCAUGCCGGGCCGAUUCGGAUCAUCGAUAUCGAGGGUAUCGAUGCCAACAUGUGCUGUGGGACACAUGUGUCUAACCUCAGCCACUUACAGGUUAUCAAGCUCCUGGGAACUGAGAAAGGAAAGAAAAACAAGACCAACCUGAUCUUCCUGGUAGGAAACCGAGUACUGAAGUACGCUGAGAAAAGCUACAGCACAGAGCGCUCACUGGUUUCCCUCCUGAAGACCGGACCUGAUGAACAUGUUGAGGCGGUCGACAAGUUGCAGAAAUCUGGAAAGCUGCUACAGAAAACAAACCUGUCACUGCUGCGAGACAUGGCCAUCCUCAUUGCUCAGAAUUUUAAAAACAACCCCCAAAGAGGAAACUUCUUCACCUUGCACAAGAAGGAGGGGGACAAUGAGUUCAUGAAUAUUAUUGCCAAUGAACUAACUACUGAGGAAACCUUGGUUUUCCUCACUGUUGGAGAAGAAAAGGGACCAGGUUUGUUUCUACUGGCUGGGCCCAGUGGACAAGUAGCCGAGAUGGGACCCCGGGUGUUGGAGAUGCUCCAAGGGAAGGGGGCAGGCAAGAACGGACGUUUCCAGGGCAAAGUCAACAGUCUGGCUCGGAGAGGAGAGGUGGAGGCUUUACUUCAGCAGAACUGCAAACAUCACACCUCAGAGGAAAAAUAAAGCCGACAAUACGGAAACACAAAUUAAGAAAUUGACUUGAUGGUCCUAAAUUUUCAUAUUUUGUGAUAAAUACGAAAGGAUGGGUAAGGGAUUAAUCAUCCAUGUGACUGAAACCGGACGUUUUCCUGAAAUUAUCUAGAUAUUUUCCAGAGGGGCUCUAUGUGAGAACGCAAAUGUCAGAGUCAAUUGUUCUGGACAUUUUCCAGAAACUCUCCUAGCAGCCCCACCUGGUAAAAUCCAUUUGAGAAUACAAAGGGAAUAUUUCUAAAUUGAUAGCAAGCUGGGCUUGUUGUUUCCCAGUAGUGACGGACGUGAAACAAGAAUACAAAUAUCUCAGGAUGAAAAAUAGGAGCCAUACAUGUAGAAGACACCAACAAAGAAUUCAACUUGGAAAGAUGAGAUUUGAGAGCUUUUGGUGAUAUCGUUGUAGCCAUGUUGUAAACACGUGAUUUUCCACAGCAGUAUUUUACGUCAUGCCUCUUGUAUACCCUAUAUACAUUUUCUGGGACUUUGGUACAACACGUGCCUUACAUAUCUGAACGUUUAAUGUAAUUUGCUUUCAAUAUUCAUUUGAAACCUCACCGUUCAAUUAAAAGUCUAAUCACAGAAAAUACAAUUGGAGUUUUUUUUCCCCCAUUCAGGUUAACUACUACAUGUUGGAGGUGAAUUUACUUUUAACUGCCAUGCUCAAGGGCAUCACAAUCUGCAAUUUAAAAGAUAAUGUAAAAUCCUGCUCCUCACACUGCUGUUUGACACACAAAUGUACUUUCCUCAUGGAUAAAUAAAUACAGACACCUGAUGAA